GCAGGAUGCGGGCGGCGCUGGCAGCGUGGCUGGUGCUGAGCCUGCUGGGGGGGACAGGGGCCGAGGACACGUGCGGCGGGGACCCCCCCGCAGCCCCGUCCCGCUCCAUCCCCGCGCCCCAGCUGAGCCCCGAGGAGCGACUCUCGCCCCACAUGCCCGAAUCCCUGCGCUGUGACGCCUGCCACGCCAUCGCCUUCCAGAUUGAGGAGCAGCUGCGCAAGGCAGAAGGGAAGGUGGGCAAGAAGGCUCUGAAGGAGUCGGACUACAUAGAGGUGCUGGAGAGGAGCUGCUCACAGGACUGGGAGAGUUACGGGCUGCUGGAGCUGGACGGGGAGAAGCGGCUGUCGGGGCCGGGGCUGCCGAGCCAGCAGCCCCUGAGCGUGCUGGUGUCGGGGGGACCGUGGCCGGGCAGGCUCUCCAAGCUGUGCCACGGCUACGUGGGCGAGCGGGGCGAGGCGCAGAUCUACGGCGCGCACCGGCGGGGCCCGGCCGCGCUGCGGCAGCUGCUGUGCCACGGCGACAAGGGACCGUGCGCCGGCCGCAAGGAGCGCCCGGAGCCCCGCAAGGCGCCGCAGAACGAGCUGUAGCCCGGCGUGGUUAAUGCUUAAUGCCCCGGCGACCUUCGGAGCCGACUUCGUCCCCAGCGGGAGCCGACACGUGCCGGGAGUGGGCGCCUCGCCGCUGUCGCCUGUCACCGAUGUCGCCGCUGUCGCUCGAGGCCCGGCCCGGCCGUGCCCGCAGCAGCGCGGACUCCGUUCGGCCGAGCGGGGAAUUACUCUGUAACCCACGGGCUCUAAUGUUUCACCGCGGCGCUGCUCCGGGCGGGAGCAGCCCCAAUUAAAGGAGUUAAUGGCUGAUCCGGGCCGGGGCUGCGCUCGCCGCUUUCACAACCCCCAGCCAAUGGGCCCUCCCCCCGCCGCCGCCACCGCCCGGCCGGGGACUAAAGUCCUUCCCACGGCCAUAAAACCCCGAGCAGCGGCAGCGCCGCCGGAUCGUCGGAGGAUGGGGACCCGCUCGGGAGAGCUGGCUCAGCCCCAGAAUGGGAACUUGGCUCUGGGCCCCGCGGGCUCCCCGCACGCCCCUGGGAAGGAGCUGCCUGUGGCGGACAGGCAGGACCCCGGGGCGGGCACCAGGCCCCCCCGGCCGGAGGUGGACAUGCUCUACAGGAUCGAGGACGUGCCCCCCUGGUACCUCUGCAUCCUGCUCGGCUUCCAGCACUACCUGACCUGCUUCAGCGGCACCAUCGCCGUCCCCUUCCUGCUGGCCGAGAGCCUGUGCGUGGGCAAGGACCAGCUCACCGUCAGCUACCUCAUCGGCACCAUCUUCACCUGCGUGGGCAUCACCACCCUCAUCCAGACCACCGUGGGCAUCAGGCUGCCGCUCUUCCAGGCCAGCGCCCUGGCCUUCCUCGUCCCCGCCAAGUCCAUCCUGGCCCUGGACAAGUGGCGAUGCCCACCUGAAGAGCAGAUCUAUGGCAACUGGUCACUGCCGCUCAACACGUCCCACAUCUGGCAGCCCCGCAUGCGAGAGAUCCAGGGGGCCAUCAUAGUGUCCAGCCUGGUGGAAGUGGUCAUCGGGCUGCUGGGGCUCCCCGGGGCACUGCUCAGCUACAUCGGGCCGCUGACCGUCACCCCCACCGUGUCCCUCAUCGGACUCUCCGUUUUCCAGGCGGCCGGUGACCGGGCUGGCUCCCACUGGGGCAUCUCUGUGCUGACCAUCUUCCUGAUUGUCCUGUUUGCCCAGUACCUGCGGCAGGUCGCCAUCUGCCUGCCCGGCUACCGGCGGGGCCACGGCUUUGUCCUGCUCCGCAUCCAGAUCUUCAAGAUGUUCCCGAUCAUCCUGGCCAUCAUGCUGGUGUGGCUCAUCUGCUACGUGCUGACCCGCACCGGAGUGUUCCCCAGCCGGCCCGAGGAGUACGGCUACAAGGCCAGGACGGACGCCCGCGGGGAGAUCCUGUCCGUGGCCCCCUGGUUCCGUGUCCCCUACCCCUGCCAGUGGGGGCUGCCCACGGUGACCUCAGCAGCCGUGCUGGGCAUGUUCAGCGCCACGUUGGCGGGCAUCAUCGAGUCCAUCGGGGACUACUACUCCUGUGCCCGGCUGGCAGGAGCGCCGCCGCCCCCUGUGCACGCCAUUAACAGGGGCAUUUUCACCGAGGGCAUCUCCUGCAUCAUCGCGGGGCUCUUGGGAACGGGCAAUGGCUCCACGUCCUCCAGCCCCAACAUCGGCGUCCUGGGCAUCACCAAGGUGGGGAGCAGGAGGGUGAUCCAGUACGGCGCCGGGAUCAUGCUCCUGCUGGGCACCAUCGGCAAAUUCACGGCGCUCUUCGCCUCCCUGCCCGACCCCGUGCUCGGCGGGAUGUUCUGCACCUUAUUCGGAAUGAUCACGGCCGUCGGCCUCUCCAACCUGCAGUUCGUCGACAUGAACUCCUCCCGAAACCUCUUCGUGCUGGGCUUUGCCAUGUUUUUCGGGCUGACGCUGCCAAACUACCUGGAUUCCCACCCCGGGGCCAUUAACACAGGUGUCCCCGAGCUGGACCAGAUCCUUACGGUGCUGCUGACCACAGAGAUGUUCGUCGGGGGCACCAUCGCCUUCGUCCUGGACAACACCAUCCCGGGCACGCAGGAGGAACGAGGGCUGGUGCAGUGGAAGGCAGGAGCGCACUCGGACAGCUCGAGCAGCGCCAGCCUGAGGAGCUACGACUUCCCCUUCGGCAUGGGCGCGGUGCGGAGCAGCCGCUGGCUCCGGAACGUGCCCAUCUGCCCGGUGUUCACCGGGUUCAGGGCCCGGCCGGGCGGCGGCGGCGCGGCGGCCGCAGAGGGCCCGGACGGGGGCUCGGUGUGCACCAAGGUCUGA